AUUUGGCCAGCCUUCAGUAUGAGCCCAGGACUGAGUGGUUUCUGUUCCAUUUUUAUGCCGUUGCAGUCUUUUCAUUUCCAAGACAUUAUUGCGAUACCAUCAAUCUCUGCUACUAACCGUCGAUUACUUUCCGAUAUCAUUUGUUUAUCAUCCAACUCAAGAUCCUGUAUUGGCUGAACCACAUCAUAAACAUGUCUCGACCACUAUUGGAAACAUUUCAAAUCGGUUGGAUCUGUGCCCUGUCUAUUGAGGCUGCAGCAGCCAAGGAAAUGCUUGAUGAAAAUUUUGGGCUUCUGGAUAGGCAAGACGCAUGCGACUCCAACAUCUACACAUUGGGUCGAAUUGGCCAACACCACGUCGUGAUCGCCUGCCUACCUGCAGGACAAACCGGAACCAUAUCGGCCACUACAGUUGCGAACAAUAUGACUCGCACAUUUUCCAAAUCACUUCGAAUCGGGCUGAUGGUUGGUGUUGGAGGCGCAAUUCCAUCAGCCGCUCAUGAUAUACGACUUGGUGAUAUCGUGAUCAGCUGUCCAGAGGGCACUUGUGGAGGUGUGAUCCAAUAUGAUAUGGGGAAGGUUGAAGCGGAUGGUAAAUUCUGUCGAACUGGCUCUUUGAACAAUCCUCCCAAGUCAUUGUUAACAGCAGUCAACAUGAUGCAAACUGCUGAGUUAACUGAUGAUCCCUGCUAUCCAAAAUAUCUUCAGAGCGCAAUCGGAAGAACCACACGAACUCAAAAGAACUUCGGUCGGCCCGGUGCAGAACAUGAUCGACUGUUCAAGAUAGAACAUGAUCAUCCUGAGGAUGCGGGCAGCUGCAAUGUAUGCCUGGCGGAAUGGGAGGAGACCAGAAGUAAACGUGAUAGCAGUGAUCCACAUCCACACUAUGGUAUCAUUGCAUCUGGAAAUUCUGUUAUCAAACACGGAUGGACAAGGGAGCAGCUUAGGUUAGAGACUCAGGCAUUGUGUUUUGAAAUGGAGGCAGCUGGUCUGAUGUUGGACUUUCCCUGCAUUGUCAUCCGCGGCGUUUGUGAUUAUGCGGAUUCGCAUAAAAACAAGCAGUGGCAAGGUUAUGCUGCCUUAGCAGCAGCAUCAUAUGCCAAAGAAUUGCUGGGUUAUGUGCCUAAGGGCCAAAUUUCACAAGAGAGUUUGGUGGUAGAUGUGUGUAAAAGCUUGAAGGAAGAGGUUAAAGGCACCAAUCAACGGCUGGAUCGAGCCUAUGACCAACAAGAACAGCAUCAUCAUGAAAAAACAAGAAGAGCAUUGACAGAUAAGCAACAACGUUGUCAUCAGGCUUUUAAGAUAUCAAAUUACACGGAGCAAAAGGACAUCAACCCAAGGCGAGUAGAGGGAACAUGUCAAUGGGCUUUGCAGAGCCCUCAUUACAUCCGUUGGUGGGAGAGUUGCACCAAUGAUCUUCUCUGGGUGUCAGCCGAUCCAGGCUGCGGGAAGUCGGUACUGGCCAAGUCGAUUAUUGAUGACUACUUGGAAGCCUCCAGUUCAGCAGUAACAACAUGUUACUUUUUCUUCAAGGACAACGAUGAACAAAACAAUCUCGCUUCGGCAUUGUGUGCAAUACUUCAUCAGAUUUUCAGCCAGCAGCCUCAUUUAGUUCAGCAUGCAAUGCCAUCCUGGGAAAAGAAUGGGGAGAAGCUUCGGCAAGAGGUUCACGAACUUUGGCGGAUCUUUAUGGCAGCAACAUCAGCUCAAGCAGCAUCCAAAACCAUUUGCAUACUAGAUGCGCUUGACGAAUGCCGUGAGGUUGAUCAAGGUCGGUUGAUCAACAUGCUCAAGGAUUUUCACUUCCAGCCAUGUUCAGCUACACAGGAUACCUGGUUGAAAUUCCUAGUAACCAGCCGCCCCUAUAAUCAUAUUCAGGAUAAUUUCCGGGUGAUGACGAAUUCUUUUCCUUACAUACACCUCAAAGGGGAGGAAGAAAAUGAUCAGAUACAUGAGGAGAUCAAUGUGGUUGUGAAGAUCAGGGUGAAAGAGCUGGCUGAAAUGGCACAACUGUCAUCUGAUAUGCAUCAACGACUUGAACAGCAGCUUCUUCAAAUGAAACACCGCACAUAUCUUUGGUUAUAUUUGGCCAUUGAUGACAUCCACACUACCUUGAGGAAUAGCUUGCGGCCAGCCGAGGAGCCAAUCCAACAGAUACCUCCAUCUGUGCAUGCAGCAUAUAGAAAGAUUCUUGAUCGAGUCCCAUCUGACCAAGUGCAUACAGUGAGAAAGAUUCUUCAGAUUAUUGUUGCGGCACGGCGUCCCUUAACAACACAAGAAAUGGCUAUGGCAUUAGGCAUAGCUAUCCGCCCUGAAUCGCGAACUGCAGCACAAGCUGGAAUAAAUCCAGCUACCUUAGGCCAGAAAAUACGACAGCUAUGCGGUCUGUUCAUCUUCAUCAAUAACUCAAAGAUAUACCUUAUCCAUCAAACAGCUAGAGAGUUCCUAAUCAGCAAGGAGGUUACUGACCAUCCAAAUUUUGCAUACUCUUGCAGCCGAAACGAUACUGAGAGUCUCUUGGCCAUGAUCUGUAUUCGGUAUUUGUCGAUUGAUGAUCUGGAAGACAAUCAAGUCCAAUCAGGCUCUGAUUUUCCAAGCUUUCUGAACUAUUCAGCAGAAUUUUGGCCUGAUCACGUACGGAAUAUGCCAUCGAUCCCAGACCGAGAACUAAAUGACCUGCUGAAUCAAGUAUACAACACAACCACAAAACGGUUUUCACUGUGGUUUCCAAUAUUUCAGGAGAGAGCAAGUGGGCGUUUUACGAUGCCUGAAAUGAAUGCAAUCCAACUGGCGGUGUUUAAUGGGCAUGAGAAAGUAGUCUGUUGUCUACUUGCUGGGGAUAGCAGCAUUAUAAAUAUAGAGGAUGAGUCAGGAUCACGCCCGUUGAUGUGGGCCUCGCUCAAUGGACAUGAGAAGGUCGUGCAGAUCCUGUUAAAGCAUGGAGCUGAUGUCAAUGCCGAUGGUCCUGUUAAAACAUGGAGCUGA